AUGCCUCAGGAGCUCUCUAACGAUGCAGACCUCGACCUGCAGAGGUUUUUCCAACACGAAUCUGAACUGCAGGUUCUGGCAGGGUUUGUCAUGGAGGAUAACAAGGCGUUUGUACAUGUGAUUCGUCACAUGAGCAAGCUUAAAAAGGUCAAGAUAUGGCGCAAAGCCAACGCUGCUCCUGCCAAGGACCUAACUGAACAUUUAGUCGUCUGCAUUCAGAGGCGUUUACAGGGCAGCAGACCCCUUGAAUCCUUGUCAAUUGACUUCGGCGAUCUCUCCAUAGACUUCCUUGGUGAUCUGGCGCCGCCCUGUGCCCUCGAGUCCCUCAAGUUGCGAGGGGCUAUGAGCAGCUUGCCUGCCUUCUUCACAUCACCGGAGAAUCAACUAAGGGAGCUGCACCUUUGGUCAACUGGAUUGAGCGGGGAAGCCCUCUCUGCCCUACAAAACCUGCCUUACCUUGUCUAUCUGACGCUAAAAGAGGACCGUCGUGGAUUUUGGAGCGACACCUUUGCUGUGCAGAGCGGCGGAUUCCCAAGUCUUCGGCGGCUGCGCUUUCAGGCCGCCAUGCUUCCAAAAGUAGUAUUCGAACAAGGAUCCAUGCCCGAUCUCGCCGAUCUUCACCUGCUUUGUCCAGAAAUUUGCAGCUCCAUUUUUUUCUAUCGUUCUUUCGAUAUGCCAAGGAAUCUAAGGCUUGGUGUUUGGCACAUCGAAAACCUCGUCAGUCUUAACGACGUGGUACUCCAUCAUUCUGCUAGUGAGCAACAAUUGACGGCUUGGAAAGAUGCAGCAAGCGCACACAAGAACAGGCCCAAUGUGAGGAGGCAACCGCAAUAA